UUCUACAGACAAAUAUCCUUUUUUAUCAACUUCAUACAAAAAGGAAAUUAGGAAAAAAAAUAAAAAAAGAGAGUCAAACCACCCUAGAGGAAAUUCGAGUGCUUUCUCUGAUCUUCCUCUAGCUUCUUUCUUUUUGAUCUUCAUUACAAUUAUUAAUUAAUUUUUGUUUGAAGAUUGAUUUCUGAGUGAAUUUUCUCCAGUAUUUACAUGGGUUAAAAGCUGAGUUUCCUCACCAAGAAGGGGUUGGUUUGGCUAUGUUGUUUUAACUUUGAAAAGUUACAAAGAUAACAAUGGCUUCAAAACCUAAGGUGAAGGGCAUUUUCAAGGGCUUCAAGUACAUUUCCCAAAUUUUUGAUGAUGAAAAAGAAGACGAGAUACAAAUUGGUUUACCCACAGAUGUAAAGCAUGUGGCGCAUAUUGGAUGGGAUGGACCUGCUGUUGAUACCCCAAGCUGGAUGAAUCAGUUUAGUGGAUCUCCAGGUUUGCAUUCUGCUCCUUUAGGGCCCCCAACUGGUGGAGAGAAAAGGGAGCCUGAAAUUAAAUGGGUCUCUGAAGAUGCAAACACCAAGAGAAGUAAUAGAAGCGCUGAUCUCCCUGACGUACCAAGAUCGUCAAGGCGCAAUCAGUCGGGAGAUGGUGAGUCGUCUCCGAAGAAGCAAAGAGAUCCCAAUAAGGUAAAGCAGAGGAGAAAUCACUCAAAGGACUCAGUGGAAGGAGGCAGUGUUAAGUCGAACCGCGACCCAUCUGACUCGGCCAACCCCGGGGUCCCGGAUCCUGCCAAGAAAUCGCGAAGAAAAAAGUCAAGGGACUCCAACGGAUCCGCACGUCCUCAGUCGAGGGCCAACGCCGAUCCCGGCCCCGAUGGUGAAUCAUCUAUCAACAAUCCCGAAUUGGAUAACUGACCACAUUCCUCAACAAUAAUCUUUGUCUUUUUGUUGUUUUGUUUUUUAUUCAUAGUUAGCUCUAAUACACUAUUGGAUGAUAUUUCAACUUAUCGAUGGUAUAAGAUUGGAUCCUUAGAAAUAAUUUUUUUCUUUUUUCCUCUUAAAAGCUUUAUUUUGUGAUGAUUGGGAAUGUUUCGGCUAUGUGUACAAGGGGUGCCAUAGAAUUUGAGACACCAACUAACAUCAUUUUUAGAAUGUAAUUGCCAUUUUUAUUUUGGCUGAGGUUCUUGAUUAACA